AUGACAGGUCGCAAUCUCAAUAUUUACUUUACCGAGGAAAAUUUUAGCAAAAUUAAAGGUCUUAUUUCAAAAAAAGAAGUCAGCCGUUUUGUUAACAAAGCAGUAGAGGAACAACUAAAAAAAGAAGCGAAUGUUUUUCGGCAACAAUUAGUUGCUGAUUACCAAGAUGCGGCCCGGGAUAAGGAAUUAAAUCAAGAAUUAUCUAGUUGGGAUGAAGCCAUUAACGAUGAAAUUAGAGAUAUUCAUCCCGGCUUAGUAGUUUCCAUUAAUGAACAAAACGAACACGGACAUUACUUAAUUGUAGCCCCUAUUACUAGCACUUUAAAAAAGGUGCGGUUGUUUGAAGUUUUUAUUAAUGCUGACGAAAAAACAGGUUUAAAAAAUCCGAGCAAAAUUUUACUUAAUCAAAUUCGCAGUAUUGAUAAAAAAACCAGAAUAACCGAGUAUUUAGGAAAAGCCGACGGAGAGACCAUGCGAAAAGUAAAUAACGGACUAGAUCUAGUUUUGGGAAUUAUUGGUGAUAAUCCCAUCACUACUAAUGCGACUGUGGGAGGGGGAUGCACAACAAAAAACGUCAAUCUUGACACUAUCGCUAGUUAUUUAGCAACUAUUCCUACUAGCAAUUUCACUGGCCUGAAUCGAAGUUAUGCUCAAUAUAAUUGUCCAACUGCUCAAUGGCCCGGUCCCGCCGAAAAAAACCCUUUUUCUCAAACUUCAACCAUUAUUCCAAUACCUACCUCUGACUUAGCAAACGCUUUAACUAGCGAUCCUCACUUAAUUGAAAAAAUUGCUAUUCCGGUCAUUGAAGUAGUUGCUGGUAGAUUAGUACUAGUAGUAGCACUAGGAAAAGGAGCUGUUCAUUCUACAGAAGCUAGAGUGCUACUGGCAAAAAUGAAGCAAUCUUUUCCCACAGUCGCAUUAGUAGUGAUGGGAUUAUCACCAAUAAUUCCUCCACACCACUCAUAUCCACAAAAUGUCGUUUGGGAAAUUUUAUUACAAAAAAAACUUUUAGAGGGCGAUUUACAAAAAUUAGAAGGAGAAG